AUGGAAACCCCUGUGCAAGCCAUCGUCAAAGCGCAAGUCACCGCCGCGACGCCUCCCACUGCCCCACUGCAAGUCACCGCCGCGACGCCUCCCAGUGCCCCAGCGCAAGUCACCGCCGCGACGCCCACCAUCGCCCCAGCGCAAGCUGCCGGCGCGGCGCUCCCCGUCGUUCCGACGCAAGAUGACGCUGCGGCGUCUCCCGACGGUCUCGACUUCCAGGAGAGUGAUGUGGCCAACCCGAGUCAUAGCCCCGGUCGCCUGGUCAUCUCCGACGACACGGACCUAACCCCGGGCCAACGAGAGCCUUCCGCCCGUUCUGAGCUGUCGCCGUCAACACAACGUGAGUCGUCCAAGUUUUCUUCUUCUGACGAAGGCGAGGACCGUGGUGAUGCGAAACGAACUUUUCCGAGCACUAGCAGCGGCUCGGACGGGCCCAUCGCGUCCACCGUCAAGAAAAAGCGUUCCGAGCCUCAUGACUCGGACGAGGACUACAGCCUCACGUUUUAG